AUGGCUUCACAUAGAGUAGAUGACUUUCACUCGUGGCGGCAGUAUGAUACUAGUGGAAGCAUCGGUCCCCAAUAUCAACUUGCAGUCAAUGCGUCCAACGCUACCUCGUGGAUCUCUUACGCUGGCGACCCCUCCCUCUGGACGCUCCGAAUAGACGAUCAAGCCAUCAUUCCGAUCCGUCUUCUCGAUAAUGAAGAGCGACACUGUCAGGACUGGAUACAGAAGCGAUAUCCAGAGAUGAAUCAGAUCCGUCUGAACGGGUCCUACUUCAAUAAAACGUGGCUCAGCAGUCCCGCGAUAAACCGAGUACCUACGGACGAGCUAUUCCAUUUCUCUCACUGUAUUCUUGCAGUCAAACGAUACAUAAAGGCAAAGGAUACUGGGAAACAUGUCUGCGGGAGAGACAUCGAUAAGAAGCAUGUGCAGCAUUGCUUGGAUGCGUUAGACUGGUGGGCAUUUCCCGAGGGGAGAAGUGGCGAGGACAUUCCCAACUCGAAUAGAACGUUCUGGUGGAGGACGAAGGUUUGUUUCGACUAG